AUGAGGAUCUCUUCAUUGUUUGGGCCCGCGACGGCCGGCUGGCCUUCGCUCCUCGCGCUUUUACCGACUCUCAACGCCCUGUCAUUCGAGUCAGUCUCCAUCCCGGAACUGGACCUCAGCUCGCUGGGACGGGUAUCAAUCACUGGUGAUUUCGAUGGCGUUUCCCUCUAUCAAUAUAAGGAACAGACCGAAUCGAUUCCCGAUGGCACCCAAGGCCUUCUGACCCCACUACCGAACGGCAUUCUCACGAAUCUCUCGUCCACCAAUGCGCAUAUCAUGGCAAUGUGCCCCUUUACCAAAAAGGAUGGAUCUUUCGCAGGUAUAUUUGUUGGGGGUAACUUCACCAGCCUAGGCGGAGUAGAUUCGCCCGGUGCUGCUCUCUUCGACCCGAAUACCAGCAAAGUUACUGCCUUGCCGGGCCUUUCGGGCUCGGUAGCAGCCGUGACUUGCGAUCAGAACACUAACCGCGUCUACAUUGGAGGAAAAUUCACCCACGACAACACGACUAACGCCAUCGCGUGGGCGCCCGACGAUGGCUGGACCAAUCUCCCGUUCAAUGGCCUGAAUGGCCCUGUCAGCUCGAUUUUGAAAGCUGACAACGGCCAUAUCAUCUUUGGAGGAUCAUUCGAUGCCCUGGGAAACAGCACCAGCAACAGCACUCGCAACAGCACCAGCUCCUCAAACGAAAGACAAAUCCUCAACCUUCAAAAUGCGACCGUCACAUCCGAUGCAGACUCUUCCUUGGACGGCUACUCCGAUCCUCGUAACAUCAUUUGCUCGACAACCGGUGUGGCGGCUAAAGGCAAGACCUAUCUUCUACACGACUAUGCGCCGGGAUUUUGGAGAGCAGACCUCGGGUUCGACUUUUUUCCGACUAAAAUUCGCCUGUACAACACUCACUUAGAUGGACGCGGCACCAAGGACUUUUUACUUCGAGCGCUCCCCGACACUGGUAUCAUGAAUCUGACUUACACCGAUGACAGCACGAAUGAAACAUACCGUGAAUUUACCAUGGUUAAUCCCGUUGGUAUGCGAGGAUUCCAGAUUGAGGUGCUUAGUUGGUACGGACAAGGAGCUGGCCUGAACGGCAUUGAGGUCUUCCAGGAUCAAAUCCUCACAUACGCUGUCGAUCAAUACAAUGAACCAACAUGCUCAGGCAUUGAAUACCCCGCCAAGUCAACGCGCACCGGCUCUUGGACUGUCGAGUCUGGGUAUGUGUCUGCGAAGGUGACCAACUCUAAUGCCUCGACCACAUCCGUCACAUUUGAGCCUGACGUGAAAGAGUCUGGCAACUAUACCAUCAAGCUAUAUACUCCCGGCUGUACCCAGGACAACUCUUGCAGCUCACGGGGUAUUGUUAAUGUCACGGCUACACUCACGAAUGGAUCUGACUCGGGCCAGCCCGAUCCGUCAUAUUUCUACCAGACCAACCUAUACGACAAGUAUGACACAUUCUACACUGGGUAUGUUGACGCCAACAGUGACUCCUUCCGACCAAAGGUUACCGUGCGGGCCAAGGACGGCCAAGGAGAUAUCACCAUUGUGGCGUCUCGUGUCCGUUUUGAACUACUUUCCAGCAAUAAGAGCACUAAGAGCACUAAGAGCACUGGGGGUCUCAAUGGAUUAUACGAUUAUGAUCCGACCUCAAACACUACUGAAACCUCAAAUCUUACAAAGUCCGACAUUAACAAGGCGGGGACUUCACUUGACCACAACGCAACCAUCUCAAUAAUGAAGGAGCAUGAUGAUGUGAUCUAUGUCGCUGGUAACUUCUCUGACAGCAAGAUCCACCACGUCAUGUCGAUCACGGAUGGCAAUGUCACAGCAAUGCCCGGCUCUGGGUUGAACUCUCCAGUACUAGCAAUGGCCACCCUUGACAAUUUCCUGUAUGUUGGAGGUCGCUUCACCGAUACCUCAGACGCAGGUUCAACGGGCCUUCAACACGUUGCGGCAUACUCAUACUCUUCCAAAGAAUGGUCGGCCCUGGGAGCAGGGCUGAACGGUCCUGUCAAUUCGAUUUGGCCUGUUGGAUUGAAUGCAUCAACUGCUAUCAAUGAAACCAUCCUUGCUGUGAGCGGCGACUUUGACCAGAUCAUUGCUUUCAACGGGAAUCCCGCGGUAUCUGUUGCUGGGUUCGCCAUAUGGGUCCCCUCCCGCAAGGACUGGCUCCAGAACCUUAAUGUUACACAGAUGCAGUUCGGUGGUCAACUCUCAAGUGUCGCUUCGCACAACAAUACGCUCAUCUUGGCAGGUGACCUUGCCACCAAUGGUAUCAUCGCUGGUGGUGCGGUGUCACUGCUAAAUCCUGAUGAUUUGCAACUGAUUCCUCUGUCGAUGAAGAUCAACCACAAAAAUUCAAGCACGGGUCUGAUCACCGGUGCUUAUGAUACCAGUUCGAACCGCAAUCUCACUAUCUACGGUGGGCAUUUCGCUGCCGCUGGCAGCAAUGGAUCAACCAUUGAAAAUAUUGCCAUCCUCAACGGCACCGAUGAGAAGAUCUCAGGUCUGCCGCAAGGCGUCGACAGUAACUCAACGUUUGUUUCAAUGCUUGUGUACAACGACACCCUCUAUGCAGGUGGAAAUGUUACCGGAAACAUCGGUCGCACCAGUCUGCGGGGUCUUGUGGUUUACGACCUGGAAAAGAACGAGUUCGCACAGACUCAGCCGGCUUUCUCGGGCUGGAAUGUCUCAGUCAAUGCUGUCGUCAAUCGACCGGAUUCAUCUGAAGUCUACUUUGGAGGAAACUUCGAAGGUGUAGGGCAGUUCCCAUGUAAUUCUGUCUGCUACGUGGAUGCCACCACCGGUGAAUGGGAUCAACCUGGCUCGUCCCUAAGCGGCUCCGUGAUUGACCUUCACUGGGCCAGUCAAAAGACGCUGAUGGCUGUGGGCGACCUUCAGGUCGGUGGCAACAAGACCUCGAUUGCUCUCUACAACGCGAAAUCCGAAACAUGGACCUCUUUCUCUGGAGCAUCCGAGUCAGAUUUGCCCGGAAAUGUCACUACGUUUACAGCUGCUAGCUCGGAUUUGUCAAAAUUCUGGAUCGGAGGUACUGCGGCCAAUGGCUCGGCCUUCUUCUUGAGCUACGAUGGUUCCGAGUUCCUAUCCCCCGGUAAUCUUUUCUCCGAGGGCACGGUCAUUCGUGGUUUAGAGAUUCUCCCUGUCAGCCACGACCAUUCUGCGGCUGCUCUGUUGAAUAACGAUCAGACGUUGUUGAUCAUGGGUUCGCUUGUGAUCCCGAACUUCGGACAUGCAUCAGCGGCGCUCUACAACGGAACCGAUAUCACUCCAUUUAUCCUUUCCCAGCAGGCUGAUGGCCGACCGGGCAGCAUGUCGAAGUUCUUAUCCGAGAACAAAAACCCUUACACCACCACCACAAAACAUCACUCCAAUGGCAUCGCAGUCUUGGUGGCUUUCUGCUGUGCUCUGGGCUGCGUCUUCCUCAUCGUACUAGCCGGUGUCAUCCUUAAUAAGGUACAGCGCCGCCGCCAGGGCUACGCAGCUGCCCCUCAAACCUUCGGCACCGAUCGACCAUCCGACAUGCAGCGCCUGCCGCCCGAGUAUCUCUUCAACUCGCUGCACCAUCCCAACCCUGGUGCCCCGGUCCUUUAA